AUGACUGAGUCUACCACGUCAGCAUCGGCGUCAGAGUCGGCUACGUACCCUUCAGCAUACGCCCCUCGUGCCGCUCUCCCAUCAGCGUAUAGUAACCGGGGCGGCGCGUUGCACGGCAGAGCGGCUAGUUUUGACUUUAUCGCUACUACUAGUAAUAGCGGGCGGCACACGUCAGCAUCGAAGAAAUCCAACGUGGCUUUCGUGAGCCACCAGAAGCAGCCCUCAGAGCAGUUCGAUACGAUCGCCGCCGCUCGAUUGUGGCUCCAUUCUCCUUCGCUUGUCUCUAAUGGAAGCGCUUCCGCAUCUCCCGCUGCCGCCGCAUCUCCCGCUGUAUCUUCACGCGGCGCAUUCCCGAUUCGCCCCGACUCGCCGCAGAAGGCAGCGACUCGCGCAUUAUCCCCAGCGCGAGAAGCGCCGACAAUGCCGCAGCGGGCCGUCGUGGCGGCAAGCGCCGUCACGCCGGCGAUGCCGCGGCAGAGAAGCGCGAAAAGCACCGACAACUCCGCUCCUGGCGCCUUUGCGCUGCGCAAAAGCCCCCCGCAUGCUAACCCACGCGGAAGCGCAGCGAUGAGGUUCCCCCGGUCCAUGUCAGACGGGCAAGCCGUGCCACAGGCCCUUCCCCCUUAUCCCCGCGCGUGUCUUCCCCCUGUGGUCCCUCCCCCUUGUUCAACCGCCAUCCUUCCCCCCUCUCCCCCUGCAUGCCCCCGCCAGUCUCCCCCUGGGGCCCUUCCCCUCUCUCCCCGCGCGCUUCCCCCCUCUCCCCUCGUCGCCCUUCCCCACUCUCCCCUAGAGGCCCCUCCCCUCUUUCCCCAAGAGGAUUCUCCCCCCUGUCCCCACGCCGCCCGUCCCCCCUCUCCCCCCGUGUGGUAG